CUCGUCAGUCGUCGCAUAUCUCAGUGGUCGGGAAAACGGCCGUCCGUACGCGCGUUGUUGCCAGCCACGCAAUUUCUCUUGAAAACGAUUAGUAUGUGAAUGCGAAUUUUUUAUUUGCCGAGCACGAAAACUAGUGAAAUGUUAUUGUUGGCACGCUGAUCCGCGCUUUUCCCCCGGUCUCACUUUUACGAGCUACAUGUUGAUUCAUUGGAUUUCGAUUUUUUGAGAUAAUCUUCAAUUGGCCUUCACCACAUCGUUAUGAUUAUCAGGAUACCAUGGCUUCUUCAACUAGUGCUAGCUUUCCAAAUUAUUACGACAUUAGGUAACCCCAUAUUCCUUCAAGAAUCGGGCCGCAAUAUAAGACCCGUGAUAAAAUGGCGGCCACCCAUAGACACUUGGGACUGGAACGAGACUCCCCGCAACAACGAGCCCUUCUUCACACCCUCCAACUUCACGCACAAACUCCCACCCUCGGCCAACGAGACCGAGCUCAUCGCUCACAUGACGGCCCUCAAGAGGAACUACUCUCGCCUCCUCUGGGACAGCGACAAGAGCUCGAAUCUCCCGCUGUUCGUGGAAAAGGCGCUCAAGUUGCUAAACUUGAAACAGGUUUACUACGAAGUGGAACACUCGGUUAUGUCGAAGGUGUCCUGCACCGCGUGCAAGGCCGGCGCCGGGCUGUUGCAACACUACAUGCGGCUCGGCAAGAGCAAGGAGGAAAUCAACAAGAUGAUCUACCAGUUUUGCGUCUCACUCAAGAUACAGUCGGCUCGAGUUUGCGAGGGCAUCACCAGAUUGUUUGGGAGCGAGGUAGUGUAUGUUCUCAAACGCAUCACCAUCGGGCCGGAUGAGAUCUGCAGUUUCGUGAUCGGAGACGCUUGCGGUGACGUCUACAACCCCUACCACGAGUGGGAGGUGUCCUUCCCUCCAGUCCCGAAGCCAGCCUUGCGCGCCUUCGAAGCGCCGAUGGACAAAGCACCCACAUUCAAAGUUCUUCAAAUAUCGGACACGCAUUUCGAUCCCUACUACGCUGAAGGUGCUAACGCAGAAUGCAACGAGCCGCUAUGCUGCCGGGCAUCAAGUGGACCAGCGUUAACGCCUGGAGAUGGCGCCGGUCGAUGGGGCGACUACAGGAAGUGUGAUACACCGAAGCGAACUAUCGAUCAUAUGCUCAAGCAUAUUGCUGAUACCCAUACCGAUAUCGAUUACAUCUUAUGGACUGGAGAUUUACCACCCCACGAUGUAUGGAAUCAGACGAAGGAAGAGAAUUUGAAGGUUCUGCAAGAAACCGUAGCGCAAAUGUCCGAUAUGUUCCCCGGUGUUCCGAUAUUCCCUGCGCUGGGAAACCACGAGUCGUCUCCAGUCAAUAGCUUUCCACCUCCAUACAUCUCGUCGCCGGAGUCCAACAUCGCCUGGCUGUACGACGAGCUGGAUGCGCAGUGGCGACGCUGGCUGCCGGCGGGCGUGUCCCACACGGUGCGUCGCGGCGCGUUCUACUCUGUGCUCGUCCGCCCCGGCUUCCGCAUCAUAUCGCUCAACAUGAACUACUGCAACAAUAAGAACUGGUGGCUGUUGCUGAACAGUACGGACCCAGCUACGGAGUUGCAGUGGCUGAUAUACGAGCUGCAGUCUGCGGAGUUCAGCGGGGAGAAGGUCCACAUCAUCGGGCACAUACCGCCGGGCCACUCCGACUGUCUCAAAGUGUGGAGUAGAAACUACUACGCCAUAAUAAACCGCUACGAAUCCACGAUAACUGCGCAGUUCUUUGGACACACGCAUUUUGACGAGUUCGAAGUGUUUUACGAUCAAAAUGAUUUAGGGCGGCCUACGAGUAUUGCUUAUGUUGGUCCAUCGGUCUCGCCGUACUACGAUUUGAACCUCGGCUAUCGAAUAUACUACGUAGACGGAGAUCACGAAUCGACGACAAGAUUAGUAGUAGACCACGAGACUUGGAUAAUGAAUCUGAAGGAGGCGAACCUGUUCGGUUACCCGAUAUGGUACAAGCUGUACUCCGCGCGCUCCGCAUACAUGAUGCCGUCGCUGCGACCCCAGGACUGGGACAAGUUCAUAGACGAGAUGACCUCGAAGGAGGACGUGUUUAAUUUAUACCACAAACAUUACUGGAAGAACAGUCCCCGUCGCGGCACGUGCGACGGCGAGUGUCGCAAGCGGCUGAUCUGCGACGCGCGGUCCGGCCGCUCGCACGACCGCCGCGCGCUGUGCGGACACAUCGAGGCGCGGAUAGAUGGCGCCACCCCCGCGCCGCAGACGUGGCGCGCGUGGCUCUACAACGGCCUCUCUGUUUCACCUAGCGUUCAACAAGUAUAACGGUGGUGGAAUCCUAAUUAAAUGAAGGAUGUCAAUGAUAAUGCAAAUACCUCAAGUGGCCUAUCAAAUACCAAAGUUUGUAUUAGGACUCGGCUGACCAAGCAAUCCCAAGACCCGCAAUUAAGACACAGUGACGCCGUUAUUGAAGCUGCAAUAGAACAAAGUAAUUUAAACGUUUAACAAUAAUAUGUACCUUUUAAAAUACCUGUUAUUUAUAUUAUUCUAUUGUCAUUUAAAUGAACAGAACCCUCUCACUUAUAAAGAUGUUUACCUACGCGUAUAACUAUUCAAGGUAGAUACGCUAAAUUUGUCAAUCAUGCGACUUUUUCAAAGCGACAGACGAAGACAUUAGACCUUGUAUUGUUAAUCGUAGUAAGUAUAAAAUAUUCAGAGUCAAGUAAAGUCAAUUAUUGUAGUUAUUGUUAUAGAUAGCCAUUGAAAAUAAUAAUGUCCUAGCCACCUGACAAAAUUGAUUUUUGAUUAGUAUUGUAAAUAAUUUUAAUUGUAAUUUAUAAUGUAAGUAGUAAUAAAAGUCUUAUAUUUUUGUCA